UCUAACUGUGGCAGGACAUUGGUCCCAGCCUCCAACCACAUGUUUCUAAAAGUAGCACCAUGAUGAACCUGAUUCUGUCGUUCCUGCUCCUGGUCUUUGUUUCCCAACGUGCCUUGGCUUUGGUAGUGGAGGUGAAUGAGGGAGAAGGUUCAGUCCCAUUGCCCUGUCAGUACUCAGGUUUUAUACCUGAGGACAAUCCCACGGUGCUGUGGACUCGUGAUGAUCUGGAUCCAAAGUCUGUCCACAUACGACGAGAAGGAGGAGACGAUCUUAGAGGACAAAACCAGUUUUACAGCGGACGCACAUCAUUGAAGCCUGAUGCUCUCGACUUGUUAGACUUCAGCCUCACUCUGAGAAAACCAACAAAGACUGACAGCGGCAACUACACCUGCUCCAUCAGUAAUGGGAGAGAAGAACGGAGACUGAAAAACAUACAGCUGCAGUUCAAAGACCAGCAGGUGGAGGUGGGGGUGGAGGAAGGCUCAGAGUCUGUUCUCCUGCCCUGCAAAACAAAACCUGACCUGCCUGAGGACACAAGAGUGGAGUGGACUCGCUCUGACCGAGAACUCAUGAUGGUCCAUGUGUAUCCAAACAGAAGCAACCUCCUUAAAAAACAGGACAACCUUUACAGAGAUCGAACAAAGAUGAACAAAGACCUGCUGAGAACUGGAGACCUCAGUCUGACCCUGAAAUACCCCAAAGACUGGGACACAGGAGGAUACAUCUGCACCAUCUACAGGGACGAAGACAUCCUGAGACAGAAAGUAGUGCUGCAGGUCAAAGAACAGUUUCCAUUCUGGACUGUAGUUCUCCUGGUUCUCUUGGUUCUCCUGGUGGUUCUUGUGGUUUCUGGAGGUCUUUUAUUUCAUUUCCGGCACUAUUUCAUGUCAGGUGAGUGUCUCCUCCUACACUACCCAUAAUGCCGAUGGUCAGCAGGUGUCCUCUGGUGGCUCCUUGACUGUGGCUCACACAAA